AUGGACACCAGAUACAACGGUGUUCAUGUGUACGACCACCAGACACUACUGGAUUAUGUGAAUCGUGCACCAGACAAUGUGCACGAUGACCUACAGGAAAAGCUUCUUGAUCUCGGCUUGCUACGGAGACCAGGCCACAAACCCUUGGUGUCGCCUGAUGCCGGUGGCCAGGAGAAGAGUCGACGGAAGCGGUACACGAGAAAGUGGAAGCGUGGAAAUAGGGCGGGUGUCUGUGCUAGGCUAAAAACAAUCCCUAGCCAGCUGGCACUCCCCUCCAUACUUCUGUCUAACGUCUGCUCCCUGGACAAUAAACUGGACUACAUCCGACUCCAGCGAACUGCACGGCAUGAAUUUGUAGGUAAAAUGGAGGGGCACUCAUUUCUUAUUUAUUCAAAUGUAACACGUUUCAUGACAGUUCUGACAAUGGAAUCGUUGGAUAUACCACCCUCCAGUGCUUUUACUAUAUUCAUUUUUGGGAUCAUCACAUACUGUUUAAUUUUAUUGUUUCACUCUAUAUUACUUGUGACUAUUGCUGUAAAAAGAGAUCUGCAUAAGCCUAUGUACAUACUGCUCUUUAAUUUGUCCUUAAAUGAUGUAUUAGCAACUACUUCUUUUUACCCUCAGCUGGUUUGUAGUAUCUUGUCUCAGACUAGAGAAAUCUCCUACCCUGCUUGUACCUUGCAAGGAUUUUUAAUCCACUUCUGUUGGUCUGUAUCACUUUUAUUUCUCACUGUAAUGGCAUAUGAUAGAUAUGUUGCUAUUUGUCAGCCCUUGAGAUACCACAAUCUGAUGACCCAAGGUACCUUGGUGAAACUUAUUUUUAUGGUCUGGUCAUUCAGUUUUUCUAUAAUUGUGAUUUUACUCACACUCACAGUAAGCAAAGAAAUCUGCAGGACAUAUAUAGUGGACAUAUACUGCAAUAAUCCAUCUUUAAUGAAGUUGAGCUGCGAGGAUACAAGAGUGAUUAACUACUAUGGCUUGUUUACUAUAGCGCUUGUACAAGGCCCUUCAAUAUUGAUAGUAUCUAUAACAUAUAUUAAAAUCCUAUUUACCUGUCUUUCUACAAAACAGGCAAAAUCUAUAAGUAAGGCGAUGCAAACCUGUGGGACACAUUUAGUUGUUUUUCUGAGUUUUGAGGUCAAUACAUUCUUACUACUGAUUUCUCACAGGCUAGAAGCAGUGUCUCCGCACUUACGAAGGGCCUUUGGUGUUUCAGCUGUUGUCAUUUCUCCAUUAUUUAAUCCUCUAAUUUUUGGGUUGAAUACAAGGGAAAUUCGAAAACCAAUUUUUCAGUUCUUACAAAGAUUCCUUCUAGUUAACAGGACCUGA